AUGCAAUCCCACCUGACCAGACGGGUUUUCCGGGCGAUUCUGAACAACGAACCGCUAUCGUCUACGCAUUGCCGAAACCGACUCAUCCAUACCAUCCGACGUCCUCGAUCUCAAAGGCUACUUGUCCUUUCUAGUCCCAAUUAUGUCCAGCGGCGCGGCCUCUUCGCCUUCAAUAUGGCCGAGCCGGCCGAUCCCCGGCCUGCGUCUCUGCCGGCGGAGACGGGCUUAAAGCCCAUGAGAGACUUGAUGAGGGCAUUGAAGGAUAAAAGUCGGGGUCCUACAAAUGACCUGUUGACCAAGGCUUUCCAGGACUUUUUCGCCGUGCGGGUAGCAUCCCCCGGGGUCAUCACCGGCUUUCAGGCGCGUCUGCUCAGUAUAACGUGGAAGCAUCUACAAGCUCAGAAGGAUGAACUGGAUCCCGAAGAAUGGCAGGCCGUGUUCUCAACCGAGAGCCUGGAAAAUAUGUUAUUUGUCCUGGCGGAGACGACGUGUCUGCCCGAGUCGCGUGAGGUGGUUCAAAAAGUGGCCCGUUUUGCUUACCUGGAGCUUUGCGCCGACGAAGGGUUCGGUCCCAAUCAAAUCAGCCGGCCCGCCCUCGUCGCUUACGUGAAUAUCCAGGCGUUGACUGGCAACCCCGAAGAAGCCCGCCACGUGGUGGAGAGCUUCUGGAGCAGACUGCACAGUACCAGUCCCUCCCCGUGGCUCACGGUCAUGAGAGGAUUCGCUACAAACAACGACCGGCAGCAACUCCGCCAGACUGUCGAGAUGCUCGACGAAUUCGGCGUCAGGUUUGAUAGCGCUUCUCAGGAGGGGUUGGUGGAGGUCCUCGUCAAACAGGAUCUCUUCGAAGCAGUCAAGGCAAUUUUUGAAUGCCCUAUGUUUGACCGUCAGGAAUCAACCAUCGCCGCGAAAAAAGCGGCCAUCAGACAUGCGAUUCUCCACUCGGAGAAAUCAUGGGCGGAGUCCAUCUAUCAGUCCCUGUCGCAGGCGUCUCCCGCCGAAACCUUGAGCAUCACGUUGCUUUGGGAAGCUGCGCAUGGCAAAGACGCAGCGGGCAUCGCAGACACGGUUAGGUCGUUGCUGGCUCGGGCUCCCGAAACAAAGGAAUCGAUCGAUAUCUCGUGCGUGAACUUGCUGUUGGAGUACGCCAAUUCUCUUGGCAAUCCUGAUUUGGCCGCGGAUUUUUGUUCUCUUGCAGCUCACUGGGGACUAGAACCUGAUGUCCAAACGCGCCUCCUGCAGCUGGAAUCGCGCAUCGAAGCCCGCGAUAUCAACGGAACGUUGCAGUGCCUCCAGGAUCUUCGCGAUUUCAAUUCCGUCGUUCUCGGGGACCUACCGCUGAUGAACAAACUCGUUACAAUGCUCUGUUUGUCAGGGCAGGAAGAUGCUGUCUUCGAUCAGGUCUCGGCCUUCCUUGACCCGCUUUUCGAGGGCAACGUGCGCUUGGAGUCGGAGACGCUAGCAGCGUUGACGCGCAUGCUGCUCUACCGUCACGACUGGGACGGCGUGUCGGAGCUCCUCCGCCCGCGUCUUGCCUUGUAUGAAUCGGAAGAACGAGCCAGAAUCCGUAACGCGCUUACCGACUUCAUCAAGGACGAUUCUCAAGAUAGCGCCCAUGCUUGGGAGGCCUACGAGCUUCUACGGCUUGCAUUCCCGGAAACGGGCGUGGGCAUGCGAACCGAGAUCAUGACCUCGUUCUUCAACCGAGAACGGGGUGAUCUGGCAUUCCUGGUGUUCGGGCAUAUGCGACAAGCCGAGGAGUUCUCGCGGCGUCCAAAGCCGGACACGUAUGCCAAGUGCUUCCAAGGCAUUGCUCGAACCCGAGACGCAAAUAAUCUGGACUUCGUUCACAACAUGCUCAAGCUGGACGUCGAGGUCGACUUGAACACGCAGCUUCUGAAUCGCCUCAUGCUCGCCUACACCGCCUGUGACAUGCCGGAAAAGAGCAUGAAGGUCUUUCGCGAGAUUCUCCAAUCGGCCGAGGGCCCGACGCACAAGACAGUCGCCAUCUUUUUCAAGAUGUGCGCCAAACACCACAACGGAGUGCAGGAGGCCAUGAAGAUGAUGGGGAAGAUCAGGCUGCUCGGUAUUGAGAUGGAUCGUCGUUUAUACAUCUCGUACGUCGAGGCUUUGGCUGCGCAGUGUGAGUUUGGCCUGGCCACCAAAGCCUUGGAGAGUAUGCACAGUGAAAUUGGGCAACUGCCUACAAAAACCUCGAUUGCUCAUCUUUACAACGCGAUCCCUUAUCAAUAUUGGAAGGACGAGGUGGAGAAAUGGGCGCGGGCCAAGUACCCUGAGUUGUGGGCGCGACUGGAGUCGAUCGAGCGCACGGAGCACGAGGAAGGGCUCAUGUUUGAGGUCAAUAGCAAUGAAAUCUUUGUCUAG